UUUUUUUAAAGUAGGUCUAGGUUGGACCAAGCCAUCUGAAAUGCAAACUGAACUUGUAUUCCUCUGAGAGGAAGCCUUUGACUAAAUACCAGGGCAAUAUCUGUAUCUUUAAUGAAAAGAGCCCUGGAAACUGUUUGACCUAUUUUUUCCAAAAAAGAGGUCAAGAAUGGAUAAAUCCAGCUGAAAUGCAAAUUGAACUUGUAUUCCUCUGAGAGGAAGCCUUUGAAUAAACAUCAGGACAAUAUCUGUAUCCAAAAUGAAAAAAAAGCAUGGACAACUAUUUGACCUACUUUUAGUCCUAAUGUAGGUCACGGACAGACGGACCAACCCAGCUGAAAUGCAAACUGAACUUGUAUUUCUCUCAAAGGAAGCUUAUGUGUAAAUGUCAGGGCAAUAUCUGCAUCUGUAACCAAAAAAAGUCUGGAAAACUGUUUGACAUACUUAAAGCCCUAUAUUAGGUCAAGGAUGAACCAAUAUAGCUGAAAUGCAAACUCACUCUUACAAUUCUUGAGAGAGAUAUUGUGACCUUCAAAGUUGUACAUCCAUCCGUCAUGGAAUAAAGUCCGGAAAACAUGACCCAGGACGGACGGACAGCCAGCCGGACGGACGCACGGACAGCGCCAUAACAUAAUGUCUAAUGACGGGCGUAUAAAAAUAGAUCACUGGACCUCGUGUACAACCAUUUAUGCACAGACUUGGGUUGCGUAAUUAUCGGCGAAAAUUGCCUUGGUAGACUUCACAAACGAACUACAGGGAUUGUUAACAAAGUCUCUAUUCUCAAUAAUGGAAGUGUAACUCAAGCGAACCGUGUCAAAACCAUAUUGAACUGAAAGAGCAGUCAGCUUCUAGCUAUAUUAUUGGAAAUCGUGACUUACGUUUCUAUGGGGACAAUGUCUUCACGAAAACUCCCGACGAGGAUCGUACUGCUUUGUCAGUAGAAGACAGGAUUUCCCUAAUGUUGAUGGGUACGUCAUUCACUAAGGACAUGGACGGCCUGUGGACCACACCUCUUCCUUUUUGGGAGAACCAUCUUGAUUUGCCUAACAAUAAAACUCAGGCUCAAUGUCGAGCUCAAAUUCUACACUCCAGUCUGCAGAGAGAUCCGGAGAAAAAUGAACAGUUUGUGAAGUUUAUGGAGAAAGUUCGGAACAGUGGAGCAGCAGAAGUUGCACCACUCCCAACACCGACUAGUUGGUGGUUCCUACCUUUGUUUGACGUUCGACACCCAAGGAAACCGAAAGAAAUCAGAUGCGUCUUUGAUUUGUCAGCCAUGUAUGGUGAAAUUUCCUUCAAUUCGGUACUCAUGUCAAGUCCAGACAUGAUCAACAGCCUGCUCGGGAUCUUACUCCGCUUCAGGAAGGACUAGAUGGUCAUGACAGCUGAUAUGGAGCAGAUGUUUUACCGAUUUCGUGUAAACGAAGCCCACCGUAAUUUUCUUCGUUUCUUUUGAUACAUAGGAAACCAAAUGACAUCAUGAUACAGUACAGAAUGACUUCACAUGUGUUUAGCAAUAGCCCACCCCCUGCUAAAUUGCAUCUCAUGGACUUUUUAAGACUGAUGUGAAAGACUGUAAUUCACAACUUCUACAUUGAUGAUGGGUUAAUCUCAUUACAUAAUGAAUCCGAUGCUAUCAGCCUGAUGAGGCGUACACUGUCAACCAUGAAACGCGAGACUCGGAUACCUCUUCACAAAAUCACAUCUAACAAACAAGCUGUAAUGGAAGCCUUUGAUGUCAGUGAUCAUGGAGAACAACUGAGAGAAAUAGAUAGUGAUGUGUGUCAUCUCAGAUCCUUGAACUUUGUUGAAGUUUUAAAAAAUGAUACUUUUGUGUUUACGAUGCCAACGGAAUAGAAAUCGUUUACUCGUUGUGGUCUUCUCCCAACCGUUAAUAGCGUAUUUGACCCCAUAUGUUUCAUAUCACCAAUCACAAUAAGAGACAAAAUUUUCCUACGAGAAUGUACACCUGAAGGAAUCGACUGUGCAACCUGACAACAAUAUUCACAGGUGGAGAAAGUUGCAGUCGUCUUUUCGUUGUUUAAGUGAUAUCGUUGAUGUCUCACAUCUCUGUCAGUUUAUCCCUGACGUCAGAAGUACACAUAUUCUCAUAUGCUUAGCGGUAUCGGCAUGAGUGACGGUGUUACCAGCGUUUGAUUCAUCAUGGGAAAAAGCAAGUCAGCUGAUGUGUAUUUUCUGAUACUUAUAUACUUAAUACACGAAUUGGUAGCCCACAUGUAUUACUAGUAUUCAUCAGUUUUUCACCAUUUGUCGUUGAUUAUAAUCCUACAUUGUGGUGUUGAGUGGCAUCUCAGAGAUGCAAGGCGGGGAGUGUGAUUGAACAAAGAGUUAUCUUUCUUUGCCCUUGUUAAUUUCAUUUUUGAUUAUUCAGAGUUCUCUCUCUUUAUGCGGAGCUCUUAAAUUUCAGUAAAUCCUGGGGUGCAUUUUACAAAAGAACUUACGACUUCCGACCAACUUUACAUAAUGGAAUUCUCCCGCUUAUUGUAAGAUAAUUCACUCCAAUGUAAAAUAGUGAAGAAAUAAUGUUGAAAAUCAAGUUUAAGAUUUAUUCAAACUAAUAACAGUGUCAUACAAUUUAAGACUUGCGACUUUGUCAUAAGUUGUUUUGUAAAACGGGCCCGUCGUAUGCCCUUUCAAAAGAUAGAAUUCUUCAAAACCAUGCUUCGGUUUAGACACAUUUGAUAUCCCAGUCAAUGGGUCUGAUGAAUAUGAGCUACGGUACCUAUACUAGAUUCCUAAAAUUCAUAAAAACCCUUACAAACAAAGAUACAUUUCUGGAUCCAGUAAAUGUUCUACCAAGCCCCUAUCUUUGCUCCUCACAAAAAUAUUAACAGCAAUGAAGGAGAAACUUCAAACGUACUGUGCCACUACAUAUACCAGAAGUGGUAUAAAUCAAAUGUGCCAGAAAUGAUGUAAAUCAAAUGUGGAUUCUAAAAGAAUUCUAAAGAACUUAAAGUAAAUUUGAAAUCUCAAAACAUUUCUCAAAUCAACUACAUCAAAACUUAUGACUUUUUAACUUUAUACACGACUAUUCAUUACGAUAAAUUAAAGACUAGACUUUUUGACAUCAUAGUCAGUUGCCUCUUCAACAAAAAUGGAAAACGGAAAUAUUCAUAUCUAGUAUUCAGUCAUCCAAAAAAAAUAUUAAUUUGUUAAACACUACUCUGAUGCCAUAUACAAAGACUCUGAAGUUGAAAUACAAAAUAUGCUGGAGUUCCUCAUUGCCAAUAUGUUCGUAGCCUAUGGUUAUCAUGUCUUCCGACAGUCUGUUGGAAUUCCCAUUGGCACAAAUUGUGCUCCUUUAUUAGCUGACCUGCUUUUAUAUUCUUAUGAAGCAGAGUUUAUUCAUAAACGUUUACUUGAGAAGAAAGAAAUCUCUUCCUGUGGCUUUCAUUCGACAUUUAGAUAUAUCGACGAUGAUUUAUCAACAAUAAUAAUUUUUUUUUCAUUUAUAUGUCGAUUUAAUAUAUCCCUGUGAACUCGAAGUAAAAGACACCACAUAGUCGUCCAUCGCUGCUUCAUACUUAGAUAUUUUAUUGGAAAUAGAUAUUAACGACAAACUAACAUCUCAACUUUAUGACAAACAGGAUGAUCUCAGCUUCUCCAUCACCAACUUCCCAUAUUUAUGUAGCAAUAUUCCAGAAUCAUCUGCUUAUGGUGUUUAUGUCUCUCAACUGAUUCGAUACACAAGAGCUUGUUCGGCACCUUUGUUCAUCUUCCAUCUCCGCGCCAAACACCGUAAGAAAUACAAGAUUUGAUUUUAUAAACUGACUAUUUGACCAUAUCUUGAAUAGUCUGUUGAAGACUACUCUGACAUGAAUCGAUCUGCCUUCUGCGUGUCUUCUUUUCUGUCCCUAAUGUAUUGUAUCAAUUUACUUUAACUUUUACAUGUAACAAUGGGCUAUUACUUUAAGCAAAGUAGACCAGUGAAUUUACUCUACCACCAACACUUGUUCCUUUUUGUUGUGUUUCGUUAUACAUGUAUAGGUUUAAACAUCUUUUUACUUGUGAUAUAUCUAUAUAGUCAUGGUUUACUUAACACAUAAUUAUGCAAGUCUGUGUAACUAGACAUUAGCAACACCAUUACAAAAACGGACAUUCAUAUUAGUAUGCUUCUAGAUUGAUUCAUAUUCAUACAUAUUCAAAAUAAUUUUAAUUUUCCCCAUCACAUGGAUUUAUUCUUCAACAAGUUUAAUUAACAAACAAUAGGCGUAAAUUAUUAUGCAUUAAAAUAAAGUGUAUGAAAGUAAUACAAAUCAAUGGGAAAUAGAUAUAUACAGAUAAUAAAAUCACAUAGAUGCUGUAUCAAAAUAGAAAAAUGGCCGGGACAUUUUGCUCCACAAAUCGGCACGAUCUGAUCUGAGGCACCUUUCUCAUUAAGAAGUGAUUGCUCGAGCUCCUUCCCCAGACUCUUGACGGCGAAUGGGCCACAUCACUCACCUCUCACCUCGGUCCUGCCAUUGUUCAGCUGUUGGAAUUUUAAAAGAUUUUUAUCAUUCUAUGAUACUAUGGAAAUAAUAUAUUCCCAUGGAAAAUUUUGACUCCAUAUUGUGGCCCCAACCUAGCCCCAAAGAAUAUCACACCAUAACUGAAAAUGAAGUUGCAUAACAGUCGUUCUUGAGAUGAUUUAACACGUUGUCGCAGCUCCUUUAAUUGCCCCUGUUGCCGUUGUUUUGUAAUUUCACGUUUCCGCUGGUGGUCGACAACGUCCGAUAUCUGCAUCUUUGCUUUUAAUGCUUGACAUUCUUACAAUUUUUGAAAGAAUCUUUUUUCUCGGGACUAUUUAUCUCUUACUAACUUGUUGUUACAAAUAAAAUGCAUGUUCGUUACUAUUUCUCUGAGGUGCACCGGGACGAACAGUUCGAUCUGUUGUCUCGGGACUAUUUUUUCUUUGACCUAGCACUCUUUUUUGGAAUUUGUAUGUCACCAACGUAAACUCUCAGCCAAUCGGUCAAACUGGUACCCUGCUUCUCUCUUGUUUGUUUGGCAGAUUUGUGUGUACCACCAAUCAGCGGGGAACCAGUUUACCAAUCGGUUGGACUAUCUACAGACAGUCUUUUCUGUCCUCCCAUUCCUUCGUUGUAGUUCUGUAGAUUGACUUAUCCCUUUCCCACUUAUACGAUUUGGGUCGAUAUCUCUCCCAUAUGAUUGAAAAAUUCUUGAGAGAGACAUUAAUUAAGCAAGAUACAAUCAAUCUCCGAUAGAACAGCCUCUUUAUUAUUGAGAAUGCUUUUUCUCCCAGGGCUUCGGUAAUUUCCCGUAUCAGAUUGCGAAUAUGCCGUUUUCUGGUAAUAUCGAUUCCUGGGAUUUUGUGUCCUAGGAACCGCCGCGAUGGCCGAGAGGUUACCGUUAGAGCGUUCGCCAGGGUUCGAAUCCCAGCCGCGACAGACCUAAGUCGUUAAAAUAGGUAGUGACAGUUCCGCGCCAAACGCUCGGCAUCAGGUGUGGAUGUCACGGGUCCUCGGAGAUGACCUUAAAAACGGAAGGCCCGUGUCACAGUAGGUGUGGCACGCUAAAGAGCACUCGCUGCUCAAUGGCCGUAAGCGCCGAGCAUAGGCCUAAACUUGAAGCCAUUCAGAGGUCUUGGUGUCGUCUCCAUAGUGAAAAAUUCUCGAGCGAGACGUUAAGCAAGAUACAAUCAAUCAAUCGUGUCCUAGGUGUUCUGCUUCGCGGAGUUCUUGGGGUCUGAUUCCCUUUCGCUCUGACCGGACCAUAUCUGGUUUUCUUAGGAAGUCUAAGUCUCGUUAUCUGUUGUUCUUUCUGAUCUUCGUUCAGCUGUACCUCAUCAGAAGUUGGCACUGGCGAAAAGAACUGAUCGUCUAAGGCCGUGACCAUAUUACGUUCGUAUUUGUUACUUUUCGUUUCAGGUCUACUUUUGACAUUGUACACAGGACUGGUGUUUGUCGGCGACUCUUUGUGUCUAUCCUCUUCAGGUUUAGUUUAAAAAGUGGCUUGUUUAUAGUUUCUUUGGGUUUCUCCGUAUGACCCUUUGACCCCUUAUUAUAAAUCUCGGCAUCCUGUUUAUGCUCCUUUUUCAUUUUCAUAUCCCCUGAAAAGAUAAAAAGAGGCCCACAAGCCUUAUCAGUCACCUGAUUAUUAGUUAAACCUACAUGUAUCACUAGUAUCAAGGGCUAAAAAUCUCGGAACAAUUCCUGUUCUGAUUAUCUAAGUUAAAUUCUAAUGUUCAGCAACAGUCUAAUGUUCAACAACAGUAUUAAACAAGAUGUGUUCUUAAAACUUCAAUGCCCUCAAAAGUGCAUAUACCGAUGAAAGGCUUUACAUAAUAUAUGCAUUAUCAAUGAACAAUAUGACAAAUUAAUUUUUGCAUCAAUAGCACAAAAGAAGAUGUUAUUUAAGUGUUUUAAACAUAAACACUAAUGAUCAAGCUUGGCCCCGCCCCAGGAUCAGAACCUGUACACCGGGGAUCAUGAAAUUUACAAUUUUGGUAAAGACCUUCCUACUGUACAUCAUGAUGCAUUUAGUUUUUCUUACACAUGUGUGGUUGUAGAGAAGAAGAUUUUGAAAUAGGUCAAUUUUUGUCCCGCCCCUAAGGCCUCAGGGGUGCAGGAGUCCUGAAAAGUGCAAUUUAUGUUCCCCUCGUCCCAACGAUGCUUCUUACCAAGUUCGAAAAGAAUUGGAAUGGUAGCUAUCAAGAAGUUAAAAAUGUUCAAUUGUUAACGCACGACGGAUGACGGACGUCUGGCGAUAGAUGACGGUGGACACAGGCCAAUUGCAAUAAGUCAUAUUAUUAUACUCAGGUGACCUAACAAGAUUAUUUGCGAAGCUCAUGAAAUAUAUCAAAAGUUAAGGUGUGAGAUAGGUCUUACUUUGCGUAGUUAGGAGCAGCCCCGCUCUUCGUCUUGUUUUCUUUGGGCUCUGCUGCAGGUAUCUUCUCAGGAGAUAACACCUUGUGAUACCUACAUAUAUAGCCUCCCAAGUGUUUAUCUACAGCAUACCUAUGCACUAUGUCGGGAAGUGGGUCAGUAUUACAAUAUAUAAUCCGCAGUGCUGGGAAAAAGAGAUGUUGUGGUUUUGUCGUAUCGUAUUGGAAUGAGCGUCAUUUUGAUUUCUUCGAGGUAAAUUCCCCUCAUUUUCAAACUGGUAUACAAUUACUACUAUCAUUUAACAAGCCUACGUUCCCUUAUCAAUGUAGAAUGCUUCUAUUUAAAGACCAGUCACUUAUUUUUACAAUUACAUUUUAAUUUUAUUUACAAACUACAGUAAUUACAACUCCUAACGUUGGAGGACCCCCACCUAGGUCCCAAACAGUAAUGAUCAAUUCAAAAGAUUACUGUAAAGCUACAUGUACUAUUUACAGUAUAUCGGACAUCUCCAAGCAAAAUAAACAAUAGUACCCGUAGAACACAGCUACGCUUUUGCAUAGCUUUAUUCAUUUUGGAUGAAAAUGUUACAGGAUAUCUAAAUAUGACUACUUUCAAUUAUCAUUUUUUUUCACAUUGUAUAUGUUACAGUAAGCGUUUCACUAUCUAUCGGAAGUACUCAUUGUCACGAGGCGAACCGUGUACCUGUCAGCGGUAGAUUGGUCACAUGAUAGAAAAAACAAGAUGAAGGCGAAUUUCAUAGGAGCUGUGAUAGUUUGUGCACUAGCAGUGGUUCAGGGGAGUGAAUAUGUUUACUUGGAUGGUAAUAACCAGUCCUGCAUCGUUGUGAAGAUGGAUGUUACUUUUACACUGUCCAAUGGAACUGGUUCUGUAAUACUUGAUGGAAAUAAUUUUACUGUGAUAAGUGGGGAUUGUGCAUCAGCAACUGAAGAUAUUGCAUCCAUGUUACUUCAAAAUAGCAAUGAGGAUAUUCUGACUCUCACAUUCCUUAAAGCAGACAAUCGUGCAGUCAGUAUGAGUUUUGUGUUCGCUGUUUCCCCUAGUUACUACUUUCCAGGAGUUCCGACACCAAAUUCGGUUAAUUUAAAUGAUCAAGGAGAUCUAGUGAUGGGAAAUGAUACACAACUUUACGAGUGUAACUCCCCCCAGAAAAUUACACUGACAGGAGAUCUGGAAGGUGUCACAUAUUCACUGGUUUUGGAUAUGUCCAAUACACAGAUACAGGCCUUCAAUAUCCAGGGUGGAAAUCUUAGCAGUGACGUGUUUGUGUGCAGUGCUGAUCAGAUGACAACAUCAGUCAUAAUAUCAACAGAAUCCAACUCAACAACGCCAACCACAGGGGCAAGCACUCAACCGACAACUGAACCCCCUCCAACAACCACUGAUAUCCCCACACCUCCCACACCACUUGGAAAAUCCACAUACCGGGUCAUGGAGGGCUCUGAAGCUUGUCUCAUCAUGGAGGGUAGCUUCCAGCUCAGUGUUACUUACAUGAAAAAGGAUAAUAGCAGUGGUUCUGGGAUUGUGAAUGUUCCAGAGAGUAAGAAUGUCAAUGUCACCGGAAAGUGUGCAAGCGUGAAUGACACUACAUCCCAACUCACCAUCACAGCAAAAGACGAGGCCAUAAAGUCAAUGACCUUUAACUUUGAGAUUGUGAAUGAUAAGUCUCGGCUGGUGUCUUGGUCAGCAGAAGUCAGUUUGAAUUCCAAGUCAUUCCCUGAUGCCAAGGAAGAUGAGCUAAACCACAUCGUGAAUGAACCAAUCAACUUCUCCGAUGCCAAAGUAUACUACAAGUGUGAUACAGGAGAGACCUUUAAGGACGGAACGCUGGGCUUCAUCGUGAAACAGUUCCGUGUUCAGGCUUUUAAUGUGGAAAGUGGAAAGUUCUCAGACAAUGGAGCCGACUGUAAAGAAGAUGUGGGUCCUGUUCCUAUGACCAUUCCAAAUAACACAUUUACUUUUACGGAGGCAAACAACACGUGUAUUGUCUUUAAAGGCAGAAUCCAGUUUAGCAUUCCAUACGUGUCAAAAAGGGGCAAUGUGUCAGAACUGAUAUCCGUGCCAUCAGAGUUCAAUGUAACUGGAGGAAGCUGCAGCACAACACUGAAUGGAUAUCUCUCUCAAAAUAUAGAAAUUACAUUUUAUGACAGCUGGAAUCUUACGAUUUUCUUCUCGUCUGAUGGCAAAGAAACCGAGCUCUUAACUGCACCAACAAAACCCACCAAGUACUUUAUUUCACAAAUCCAACUGGAUUAUGACUACAACAGCAAUCUCUUCAUUGAUAUUGAAGAUAGCAUGGUUGGUGAAAAGAAAUCAGUUGUUGCUACCAACCUUACCAUGUUGACAACAAGCAAAGACAAGAGCUAUAUGUGCAACAAAGCUACCACAUUUGACUUACACGAUGGUUUGUCAAUGGCAGUCACAGACUUCCAGUAUCAGGCUUUCAAAGAUGGAAACACAACACAAUUUGGUGAUGCCAAUGAGUGUACCGGGGACGAGGACACAAACAACAUUGUACCUAUUGCAGUCGGAGCUUCUCUAGCAGGACUUGUGAUCAUCGUACUGAUUGUGUAUUUGAUUGGACGAAAGAGAGAUCAACUUCAUGAAGAUAGCGGAUAUGAACCGGCGUAGAAGCAAACAAUGCAUAAAAUCAUCUUAGAAUUGAUAGAGUCUCAAUAUGAGGAAGAGUCAUUUUAUGGAACACUAAGAUAAUUUCCUUAGAAUCAGUAUGCUAAAAACGGAAUUAAUAUUUUUGUAGGUAAAUACAAGCAACUGUCUUAUUGGUUACAAAUAGUAAAUUAAUACUCAAAUACAAAUACUCAAAUAUUGGCACAGGGUUUAAUUUCCCAUUAACAAACUCUCAUGUGCAUGUAUCAAAAGUGAAGAUAACGAACACCUAUAAGCAAUAGAAAAUAGAGAGUUGGGCAAAUAUAUAUAUAUAUAUAUAUAUAUAUA